GCCGCGCUGUGGAGAAGCAGCGGUGGGGCUGGGUGGGGGGCGCCGCGGCGCUGAGGGGAGCGGGCGGCGGCGGGCGGCGGCUGGGGCUCGGCGGCUGCUGUGGCCCCCUCAGGUCCCUGCGGCGCCCUCCCGGCGAUGCCCGGUGCCGCGGAGUGAAGCCGCCGCCGCUGCCGCCGCUGCCGCCGCUCUCCCCUUCCCCGAGAUGGGCGACGUGAACUCCAACGUGCCGCUGACGGCCGCCCGCAGCACCGGGGACGCGCAGCUGGACCGGGCGGUGUGGCAGUGGCUGAGCUGGGACAAGAACCAAAAAACUAAAGAACAGAUCGAGAACUUGUUACAGAAUGGGAAGCAUAAAGAGUUACGGGAUCGUCUCUGCUGCCGGCUGACCUUUGGGACUGCCGGGCUCCGCUCUGCCAUGGGAGCGGGCUUCUGCUACAUUAACGACCUUACGGUGAUCCAGUCAACGCAGGGGAUCUACAAGUAUCUCGAGAGGAGUUUUUCAGACUUUAAGCAGAGAGGCUUUGUUGUUGGAUAUGACACACGAGGUCAGGUGACCAGCAACUGCAGCAGUAAGAAGCUUGCAAAGCUCACUGCAGCUGUCCUCCUGGCUAAAGAUGUACCUGUAUACUUCUUCUCAACAUACGUCCCUACACCUUUUGUGCCCUAUGCUGUUCAGCAGCUGAAAGCUGUUGCUGGUGUGAUGAUCACAGCAUCCCACAACCGUAAGGAAGACAAUGGAUAUAAGGUUUAUUGGGAAAAUGGAGCACAGAUCACGUCUCCUCAUGAUAAAGAAAUCAUAAAAUGUAUAGAAGAGUGCGUAGAACCAUGGAAUGGCUCUUGGAAUGACAAUCUAGUGGAUACCAGUCCUCUUAGACAGGAUCCUCUGAAGAAAAUUUGCGACUGUUACAUGGAAGAUCUGAAAAAGAUCUGUUAUCAUAGGGAACUAAACGUGCAAACAAAUUUGAAGUUUGUUCAUACCUCGUUUCAUGGAGUUGGACAUGACUACGUGCAAUUGGCUUUUAAGGCCUUUGGCUUUCAACCCCCCAUUCCAGUACCUGAACAAAAAGAUCCAGAUCCAGACUUCUCUACUGUCAAAUGCCCAAAUCCUGAAGAAGGAGAAUCUGUGCUGGAGUUGUCACUGAGGCUUGCAGAGAAAGAAAGUGCUAAAGUAGUAGUGGCCACCGACCCAGAUGCAGAUAGACUAGCAGUGGCAGAACAGCAGGAGAAUGGCUGCUGGAAGGUGUUCACGGGCAACGAGCUGGCAGCUUUGUUUGGGUGGUGGAUGUUUUCAUGCUGGAAGGAAAACUGCUCCAAAGAUGCUGAUGUGAAGAAUGUUUACAUGUUAGCGACCACAGUUUCCUCAAAAAUUUUGAGGGCAAUUGCACUUAAAGAAGGAUUUCACUUUGAAGAAACACUCCCUGGUUUUAAGUGGAUUGGAAGUAGAGUAAAAGAUCUCCUAGAUAAUGGAAAAGAAGUUCUCUUUGCCUUUGAAGAGUCUAUCGGCUUCAUGUGUGGCACAUCAGUGUUGGAUAAAGACGGUGUAAGUGCAGCUGUGGUGAUAGCUGAAAUGGCAACCUACCUGGAAAGCAAGAACCUGUCACUGGCACAGAAACUCAUUGAGGUAUAUGAAACGUAUGGAUAUCACAUAUCAAAGACUUCCUAUUUCUUGUGCUAUGAUCCUCCUACUAUCAAAAGGAUAUUUGAGAAGCUUCGGAACUUUGAUGCCCCUCAGUCUUACCCAAAGUUUUGUGGUAUUUACAAUAUAUUACACGUACGAGAUAUUACCACUGGCUAUGAUAGCAGCCAGCCGAAUAAGAAAUCGGUGCUGCCGGUGAGUAAAAGCAGUCAGAUGAUCACUUUUACAUUUCAAAAUGGUUGUGUUGCCACCCUUCGGACAAGUGGAACAGAACCAAAGAUCAAGUACUACGCAGAGAUGUGUGCGCUGCCUGAGCAGAGUGACAGAACCGUGCUGGAAGAAGAACUUCAGAAGCUUAUUGGGGCUUUGAUUGAGAAUUUUCUUGAGCCUGAUAAGAACGGACUGAUCUGGCGCUCCGCUUAGGUCUCCUGGUUAAAGACGUGACUGCUUGCACUGCGUUAUGUCAAACAAAGGAACCAAGAACAGGACUUGAUUGAAUACGUGUGCGUGUAUAUGUGUGUUUAAACAAGCAGCUACAUUUUUAUUCUAUAACGAAGAAGCAUCCUUUUGUCAGAACUCUGGGCUAGCAAACUAGGAUAAACAGAGAAAGUGAAAGAGAGGGAUGGAAUUUAUUACCUAGACUUUCCUCUUCUUUUGACCAAAAGACUAAUUGACCUGUACCAAUGCAAAUGAACUGCUGCAGCAGCUUUAAAACAGUUGUCUGUAGUUGUCGGGGUCUUGUCUUAAACUAAUUUCAGGUAUCCAGUAUCUCUUGUGUGAAAAGGCUUUAAAAUGGAAUAGUUGUAGUGUUUGAAGGAAGCGAUCACCCCAAGCUGACAAAAAAAAAAAAGCCUGCUUCUUCCUAGCUGUUCUGCGUGGAUGUUGGUGGCGUUUUUAUAGGUCUUAAUUUCCAAAUCUGUUGAAGUAGAAUUCAGUGCUUAGCAUAUCUUGUUUAGACAAGUUGUUCCGAUACAACAUUUUUCAGCUACUUAAGUAUCCUUCUGUUGUUAAAGGUGCUCUUGGUGUGGUGUUUCUUUCCUGUGUGCAUCUUAAAAUAUUUACCAGAGAGCGAAACAAUAGUGGCAACACAUGCAGUUCCACUUGCAGUCUGUUUUUGAGUUCCGUGGUGCCUUUCCAAGGCUUCUAAAGGAGUAGAAACUUGUUCAUUUCUUGGUUAAAUUGCCUGUUCUAACUACUACAGGCUUUAUAGCUGUUUUUUUUUUGUCUCAUAUCUUUGAAGGGAUUUAACUUUUUUUUUUAAUAAAGGUUUCAGAAAUUCAGUAACUUUGUAUGAAAAUUCCAGUUAGUGACUUUUUUGGGACUUUUUUGGUUUUGACGGCUUGAAGUCAUAAUGUCCAUGUAUUUAAAGAAAUAAAGAGGGGGGGAGAAUGGAGGUGAGACUUUUUUUUGCUAAAUCUUGUUUUUUAAAUCUUAUUUUUUGCCACAUCUUAUAAACUACCUUCUGUAUUCUUUUAAGGCACAAUUUUUACUUCUCACUAUUUUCUAUCUUUGAGCAGAAAGUGAUCCUCUUAAUCACUUUUUUCUAAAAAAAAAAAAGAUAAAACAGUAAAAAAACAGUAAUACUGAUACAGAAGCACGUAGAUGUCUACCAAUUCAAAAUACGAAAGCCAUCUUUUGGCAUAGGAAAGUUCUUGAAGAUGCUUCAACUGAAACAACACUGAGGAAAAACUGGAUAUUGAUUAACUGAGAAUAAUACUCAUUGACAUUUGCUACCAAAUUGCUAACAGCCUUCAGAAUAAAGUCAGUGAUCUUGUGGGCAUCUGUCCAUUCUCUUUACAGUAAUUAAAGAAAAGAAAUAGAUUAAAAACUGAACACUUGAGCUCUGUAUUGAAGGUUACGUGAGAAGAACCUAAGAUGCACUUAAGGUAAAGCCAUCGCUUUGCCCCUGUUAAAUAUCUAAACUUGUCCUCCAUCUUCUUGUCCCUUGCAGCUUGAUGCUGUAGGACCAUGCAGAGUGGUUUUGUAUGUGUUGCACCUAGAUGGCUUUAAAAGAGCACCAAGGUUUCUCUGUCUGUGCGGGUAUUGGGUAUUUCAUGCUGAUAGAAGCUUUGCACUAUAACCGUGGAUAAGUAUUUUUGCUGAAUGUGAAUGUACAUGUACCGCAGAAAGUCUGUGUUGCACAAAUUCUUAUUUACCACCCAUAUUUAUUUAUUUUUUAUUUUAAGAGAAAACGUUUCCAAAAUGUUCUGCAAUUGAGUGAAAUGUAUCUAAUGCCAAAAACCUCUUUUUUUUUUUCCUGACUGUACGUGUGACUGAUGUGAUGAGGAAAAUGGGUGAAAGCAUUUACACUUGGAGUAUACUUAUUGUAUUGUACAGCUCUGGGUAGGUAUCAGAAGGAGUGCAGGCAUAACUUUGAUGCUUUGCCUUCAGUUUUCACAAAAAGGUUUGAACCUGGCUCCUGCUCUGCACUGAAUUCGAAGGAGGUCUUGCCAUUUCUUCGCCCGGCAGCAGAAUCAAAACCUUGGAUGGUUUGGAUUUUGCUGUUAAAUACCCUACUAGUAGCUCAAAGAGAACAAGUCACUUGGAAUACGAGUAAAGGUUAAAGCUGUAAAAAAGCAUAACGUGUGAGAUGAGGCCAGCCGUGUGUGUAUUGUAGCAGUUAGCGAUAGGAGUUGUCUUGUGAGUUAACAAUUGUGUUCCUACAAAGCGCAGGAAUCUGCCAUUUCCCAGAGGUCUGCUUUAUCAGUAGGCAAGAGUUAUAAAUGCAGUAUGGAAGAGGAUUGUGAGUAUAUUUUCAAAUCGUCGCUCUUAGAAGUUGGCUACUGUUCAUGAUCUAAAUAUCUUUAGUAAAAAGACAAACACAGGGAGUUAAGGAUCUACGUUUCUCCUCGUCGAUAGAUUUGAGCAGUAAGUUAUAGAUGUAGUAGUGCUCUUGGAGUGACAGCAACAGGCACAACAUAUUGAAUGUAUUUUAAGGGUAUAGUAACUAUUACUGUUCUUAAACUGCUGCUACCCUUGUUUUCCUACCAUAUUUGAACCGUUUGAUAUAUUUAUACUGUUCCAUUUGAGGAACUAUUUUCCCUUAUCUCCUCCCAUUUGCCUUGUCUCCCUUACUUUUACUGUGAAGGACUGUAAUUCUCUUAUUUCAGUGUCCUGUAACUUUCUUGUACAGCGUGUUGGUUUGUUGGGCUUGUGCACAAUCUUCUUCAGUUCCUGGCUGUCCUUUCUUACUUUUCAGGCAAGAACAAAAGCUUUUCAAACUUGAGUAGGAAGCAGGUGAUGGAUCAAAUACAUUCUGGAUGUUGUUUACUAGGUGCUUCCAGUUUAAAUGCAGCUCUUUAAAAGUUUGUCUACAGCAAGUCAUCAGCCUAAACUGCAAUCAUACUGCUGAUUGUUUUUUAGCAUUUAGGGGGGAUUGAUUCUGUGUUUUCUCUUUUUGAUGUGACAGGCUUAAUCCCUGUCUCACUUAGAUGUGUGGUAAAAUUGUAUUUCCAAGGGCCUAGGAGAGGAACUUUAUAAGUACAGGGAACUUGCCAGGCAAAGUUGGAUGUCCGUGAGCUUCUAGCCAGCUUUUUUAUUCUAGUUGUGAUAUAGUGUGCAGUCUGUGACUUGAAUAGCUUCAAGUGGUACUCAUGUCUUUCCUUCUGCAACUCUAAAGGAUGCUUCCACGGCAUGAGUCAAACAGGCUUGUGUAGAAGAGAAGGAAGGAACGUGUUUAACACUGGAGAGUUCAACUGGAAGGUCCACAUAAAGCUUGAGGUGGUGUAGCCCCCAUUUUGCAUUUGCGGUUGAUGCAGAGCCCUGUUUAAAUGGGGGGCCAGCCUGCUUCGCUUGCCCUCUCCACAGCGUGGACCCCAGCAGCACGCAACUCGAAGGGAGCCUUGGCUUUCCUUAGGCUGAAUGGGAUCUGGCAUCUUGCUUGAGGAGGUCCCCUAAUGUCCUACAUUUUAAAUGCCUAACUUUUUUUCUAAAGAGGGGAAGUACUUAAUUUACACUGCAAAUGAUGCAAAUAAGAAUUAAAAUUCGGUGGUUUUCUGUUUCAGACCUAGAGGUGACUUACAACAUGCAGUGCCCGCUGCGUGGAGGUCUUUUACCCACCUUGGGCAAUUGUUGACCGAUCUCAAGCAGUUGCGGGGAUCCUCCACUAAAGAUAAGCAAGUUGAAAUCUAUGGCCUUGCUCCCCGGUGUAGCAGUACUCAGGUAGCACUUGGUGUCUCCUCUUUGGCUCCUGAGGCAUUAGGGAGUUUGGUUUCUGUUUUUAAAUACCGUGGUGAUGCUGAGCGAGCUCUGCACUGAGGCUUUAAACAUGGGCUCCUGUGUCUGAGAAACAGAUGAAGCCCUUUGCAAAUAACCUGGCGUGGUCACGCCUGGCUUCAGGACACCUCGGAACCAGGCUUCGCUGGGCCGUGAAGGGCUGGGCCCAGUGCCUGCAGAGAUGAGAUGUUUCCUGCGACCGGUGAGCCCUGGUGAAUAAAGUUGAAGACUGAAGUGGAUGUUCUCUUUAAUCUUAAAAUCUUUAUUGUCAUUAUUUCAUCUUUCCCCUCUUUUUCCCAUCUGUUCUUCCCCACCUAAGCAAGGGCGCUGUUUGCAUGGUGACACUUGGAUGACUGAAGUCCGUCUUGCCACCAGCUUCCUGGUGCACAGGACACUUGCUCUCCUUCCCCACCCUCUGCAUGCUCAGCAGUAGCUUUGUACGAGGUGGUUGAAGUAUCCAAAGUCGCGUUGUUCCCUUGCCUAGAGUCCUGGGGAGUUCUGGAUCUGUGCUCUUGUUUACCCAGUGUCUGUUCUUCUGUAAAACUAGGGCAUAUUACAAAUAGAGUGAGAAUUUGCACUUUUCUGAAGUAUUUCUGUGUGUAUUGCUAUGUGGACUUAGCUGAAUGAAGUGUUAUAAGUAAUAAAAAUAUUCUCUUCGUAG